UGUUCCUCUGCUUGUCGCUCGCAUCCACCACCCCGACUCACAAUUCCGAAAAACGCUAACCCUGGCUCGAGAUAGAGGAUAAGAUACGCGCCCGAGACCGCGACGAGACAAACGGCGACAGGCACGCCGGGCGGGAACAGUUUGACGACGACGACGACAACGAAGACAACGACAGGAACCACGGGAACUAAGCCAGGAAGCCCAGUGGAAGUUAAACGGGGCAAAACAAAAGACAGGGCACGGUGCCUGGUAAGGGAGGACCUGACUGACGACGGGCCACGCGGGCAUCGACACGAGGUCGGAUUGAUAUGUCAUGGACAAUUCCUCCACGCCGCUCGCCGACUACUUCUGGAUCGCCGGCAUAGAGAACAUCGCCUACGACGAUGGCCCCAGCACCGCCCAGCUUGAUGACACAAUAGCCGAGGACGGCGAGGGAGAAGGCGAGGGCGAGGGCGAGGGCGAGCGGGAGCGGGAGCGGGAGCGGGAGCGGGAGCGGGAGCGAGAGCGUGAGAGCGAGAGUGUCGACACGUCGGUAGUGUCGUCGUCCCGUGCCACGGCCCGCCACUCUCGCCAGAACUCGGCCAACCGCCUCUCCACCAUCUCCAAGCUCUCCAUCCCCCUAUCGCUCGCCGACGGCCGCUCACUGGAAGAUGUCGACGGCAAUACCAAGAGCAACCGCAGUAGCGCGACCAUACGGGCCGUGCCUUCCUCCAGUGGCAUUGUCAGCAACAGCCUGAACGGUGCCAAUGGCGCCAACGGCAGCGUUGUACUCACUGGCCACCCCUUGGGCCAAGGCAUUGGGCCCGACGGACUCCCUCUCGACUUUGACUUUGACAAGGCCCUUCUCAAAUUCGCUGCCGAGCGCGAGAUCUUCCUCGACGACCUGACAUUCAGUGCCGGUGCCAAGGUCCAGUCAAGACCGCCCAUGGUCAACCCUAGGGCUGAGAAGCUCAGGGCUGACGAGGGCGACCAGAGUGGCAGGAGGAGCCCUCUGAGGAGCAUUCGUGGGAGCAUCCGCCGCAAGAUGAGUUUUAGGGAUAUGACCAGUGCGAGGAAGCAACCCACUGCCCCGAAAGCCGCUUCCGUCCGAACCGCAAAGCGUCUGAGCAACUACAACUCAGUCAUACCGCCGCCAGAACCGCUGAACACGGACCCCGAUAUGCACCCCCUGAAGAAGAGGUUUGAGCCCGUGUUGCUCGACCGCUACCCGCCGCGGGAUUCUUCGGUGGAGGAGCUGGCCCGGAGAGGCAAGUUCCCGGACUACGUACCCAUGUUUGCCUUCCCCAACGACAUCCAGGUUGUGUCGUCUGACGAGCGGCCGCGCUCGACGUGGCACGGCUUCACCAUGACCUCGGACGACAACUCCAAAAUAUACGGCAUCACCAUCAUCGUCUGGACGGCGUUGAACUCGGAGAUAGCCGAGCAGGUUGAGAAGAAGUGCGAGCAGUGGCGGCAGAGCCACAUGAGCAACGAGGAGAGGGAGCUCGCGGCCAGCCUGGGCGUGCGUCUGGCUGCAGAGCGGGCGCACCUGUCGCAGCUUCUCGCCAAGCUGCCGGCGAUCCCCUCGGGGUCGUCGGCCCGCGAGAUGCUCGACGACCAGAUUAGCGCCGUCGAGGAGAAGAUCAGCCUGAUGACAGAAAUGUUAAGGCCGCUAAGGCACGGCGCCGCGUCCAAGAUCGACGGCCUCACCGCCGGCGAGACGGGCCUCUGGACGCCUCGGGCGUACGGGAUUCUAGGUAAAGAUGCUACCAGGAUGGGCUUCUGGAAGGAGUGGCUCAGGGCCGUCGUGGUGCCCAUGACGGACGGCGCCAUCUUGAGGGUGCCGCCUAGCUCCCCCAAGGUCGGGCGCUGGCAGCCUCUCGAGCGCUAUGUUGUCAAUCUGUGCACCGAGGCUUUCAGCCCCCUGGGCUCGACGACGCAGGUCGAGCUCGGGGUGCGCGAGCUCCGGCUUUAUGCACGCAAGGAGGCGGCCAACGAGCUGCCUGGCUCGCGGAAUAUUGACAUAUACUCGCUCUUCAGGUGCUUGUCGCUGGACAAUAUUGUGCUCUUGUUUGAGUAUGCCAUGUCAGAAUCGCGAAUCAUCUUCCUCUCGUCCCAUGCCGGCAUGCUGCAUCUUGCCUGUCACGCUUUGGUUAGCCUGCUUUACCCGCUCAAGUGGGCGAGCAUCUUCAUACCCAUCCUCCCGGCUCGGCUCCUCUCUGCUCUGGAUGCGCCGUGCCCCUACAUUGUCGGGGUUGAGAGGCGCUACGAGAGCAUCGAGCUGCCCGAGGACGACUACGUGCUUGUGGAUCUCGACAAGGACACUAUAGACGCCACUGGGCCGUCCGUUAGCCUCCCGCGCCAGCACCGUCGAAAGCUCCAGGCUCUUCUCCAGGUCGCGGCCCCUCACAAGCUGCGGUAUGGCGUUGCGACUGGGGCCCCGCCCUACGCAAUGGAGGCAUUUCCCUACGAUGCGCACUCGGCCGAGAAUGAGGCCCUCUUCAACGCCACCACGGUACCGAGCUCGCUGGGCAAAUGGGUCACGCAAAACUCGGCUAGCUUUGGAGAGCCCGACCCGCCCAGCAGCAUCCGACCUCCUCUCUUCAACGCCUUCUCGCAAGCCAAGAUCGACCCGACCAGAAACGAGCGGCCGCCCACCGGUAAGUCUGGGAAGGGCAGCCCGCCGUCGUCUGUAUCGCCCAUCUCGAUGAACUUCCCGCCGAUGCCCACGACACCCAUCUCACGCAGCGACUCGGGCUUUGCCCUCUCCACCACGCUCCGCGAAAAGCGGUCAGGUCACUUUGACGAGAAGUCCAGACGGAGUUCGUCGUUCGGAGUAGACAAGCACCAUCCGCUCCACCGGCCAAGCCUGCCGUUCCUGAACGGACACGCGCAGAACCUUUCCAUCUCGGGCAUAUCUAUCGACUCGCAGUCCUCGUUUGGCGGUUAUGCUCCGUCAACAUAUGCGCAGUCUACCAUAGCGGCCUCGACCAUCAUGCCUAACAUGCUGAUCCAGCCAGUCCGCAACACGGAGAGCACAGUCUGGGUAGAGGGCCAUUGCUUCAACUGGACUACCGAUGAUGCGGGGUCCUCGUGCACAGUUUGCGAGGACCGGUCCGAGGGCGACGGGCUCUACAAGUGCAACGGCUGCUCGUGCCUAUCCCACAACCGCUGUCUGGGCUCUGUCUCGCUGGUCUGCCCCGAGGCCUUCCACGCGGAUCGUGUCCGAGCCGCAUUUGUACGCUGUCUGGCUAGUCUCCUCUACACUUACAGGAAGCAUCUCGGGCGGCCCAGCCGCGACCAAAAGGCCAACGGCCAGCUGUAUGCCUUUGACAUGGACACAUUCAUUAGGAGCCUGCCCUAUGAUCAGCAGGAUUAUGCAGGCAUGAUGAGGGAAACUCAAGCAUUUAACGAGUUUAUUCAUGAACGCGAGCGUCACUUGCCUUCUGACCCCUCUGUGCGUCUAUUUGACGAGAUAAUUCUGGCCAAGAAAGCACGCGGGCGUCCGACGCUCUCCGCUGGUCUCUCCCGCCUCUCUACCAUCCGGGCAUCGCACGGGGCAUCGACGGGCUUCGUGGCGCCGGCAAGGCCCGCGAAGAUCCCCAGCUACCUCAGUGAUACUUCAGACCACCUCUGGCGGACGGCGUCGGUUCCUUUCCCGUCGGCCAAGUUCCCGGGGGACUAUAGAUCGGUCAUCACCAGGGUCCCUCUGAAGCUGGACCCGUCCCUGAUGAAAGAGCCUCGCGCCAUCCAGGGCAUUCCCCGCCCCGAGCAUGGCCGAGCUAGAGGCCUCGUCCGCAAGCAAGUCCCGAGCAUGUUGGGCCCGCCGAUGCCGGAAUUCAGCAUCUGAAAACGCGGUAUACUCCCAUCAGUAAUACAUACCCCCUUGGAGGCGACGAACUCAUGCAUUAAAACCGAACUAU